AAUUUGCAAUUUAAGCAACCCACACCUCGGCGCUUAAUUGUCCAAGUCAAAUUUUGUGCUUCAUUAUAGUUCAUCAUGCCACCCUCUCAGGGGGACAUUCCUGGAUUUUAUUAUGAUGCUGAGAAGAACAGAUAUUUUCCACUUGACAAAAAUCACCCGAAAGAAGCCAAGUUUUCCCAGUCAUCCUCGAGAGCAUCAAAGGACAUCCGUCCAUCAUCAAGGUCGAGACGUCCUAAUUUGCAUCUGGACGAUGCUCCGGCAUUACCAAAACGCUCUACUGCACAGUACCUGUGUUCUUUUCGUUCUCACCAUUGGCGAAGAGCGGCGCAUGAUUCUUUGAAGCUACAAUACGCUAGUACUUGUUACUCAAAGAUAAUUUGGUCAUAUCCCAACUACCCUUCGUGUGGACUUCGAUCCUUCUCAGUAUCAUGUACGGAUGAUACCAAGCAGGUGGCUGGUGAUACGAACGGUUUUGUCUACAUCUAUUCGGAUGUUGGAACGGUAGAAGAUGCUACAGGUCGUCACACGCACCGAUUGUGGAGUGGGCAGUGCGGUUUGAUGUCCCCCAUAUCAUCAUGCGGCAUUAUUAAGGAUAAAUUCUUUGCAUCUUCGUUCGGACCUCAUCCGAAAGUCCUUGUGGGAUCUUUUUCCAGCGCACAGCAUAGCGAAAACACUGAAGGCAUCAUCAUCGAGCGCCGGCAAAACGUCUGGGAUGUCUGGUGUGGGACUUAUGCCGAGACCUCCUUUGUACUUGGUAUGACAAACCAUCUCUGGAUUGUCUCUGACCUUGAUAAUCUUCAAUCUGCACGGACACUCCGGAUUGGGAGUGACGCACUAACCCUUGGACGAGAUGAGACAUGCGUGUAUGCUGGCCUUCGAAACGGGUCUGUGCACGUCUUGGAUAUGGGACGGGAUGAUCAAUAUGGGAAGAGGCUGUUACAAGCGCCCACGUCCGUAACGGGCCUUUCGCGAUUAAGGGAAUGGGAGCUGCUUACCGCAUUGAUUGAUGGCUCGUUGGACAUAUAUGAUUUGAGGAUGCUAAGGCGUCCGGGGUCCGCUAAAUAUGUCAACUCGUCAACUAAAGAUUCCAGAAGAAUCCCCUUGCUGUCUCUCUGCGGCCAUGUUUCGACCGUCACCAUCAGUCCGCCAAUUGCCACUACACCCUCGCAGGACUUCAUCUUCGCGGCUGGAGAAGACAAUAUAAUCCGAGGGUGGAGUACACUAACUGGGGAGCGUUUAGAAGCGCCCGAGCCAUGUGCUCUGGCGCAGAGUCGGCAUGCACAGCGGGACCGACCCCUUCCAUUAUUAAGUCAGGCAUUUAAUGCCCGAGGAUCCAGAUACGUGAGUUUACGGAUUACCGACCACGAAGCGGGGAGGCGAGUAGAGCCCAAGUUAUGGGCCGCUACAGAUGCUGGGAUCACCCGCUUCGACCUUGGACGAAACUGGAACGACUACGCAUGAUAUUAAUUAUUGGAGUAUGGUGUGCAUUACGUUGGCCGAUGUGGGCCCUAUACGGCUGGGGAUACAGGUGAACAAAUCAUAUUAAU